ACGUGGAUUCCCGGAUGUGCAACGUGUAAAUUAACUCGACUUCUUUCACGAGUACCCACACCUGACUGUUUCUAUACUACUGGUUCAGAGCAAGCGAACCUAGCCAUAUUAUCGCUACAAACUUUUUAGGAAACCGCAUUUAUCACAUUUCUAAAAUGCCUCUGAAAUUUGAGCUUUGUCCUGGCAGGAUGAUUGGGGGUUCUAACCCCUGUUUUAUUAUUGCAGAAAUUGGACAGAACCACCAGGGAGAUAUUGAAAUUGCCAAGAAAAUGAUCAAGAUGGCCAAGGACUGCGGGGCAGACUGCGCCAAGUUUCAGAAGAGUGAGCUUGAGUACAAGUUCAACAAGCGUGCCCUGGAGCGUCCGUACACCUCCAAACAAUCCUGGGGAAAGACAUACGGAGAGCACAAGCGCCAUCUUGAGUUCAGUCAUGUACAAUACCUAGAGCUGCAGAACUAUGCAAAGGAGGUUGGAAUUUUCUUUACUGCUUCAGGAAUGGACGAGAUGGCUGUGGAGUUCCUACAUGAGCUUGAUGUGCCCUUCUUCAAAGUCGGUUCAGGGGACACCAAUAACUUUCCCUAUCUGGAAAAGACUGCAAAAAAAGGUCGCCCCAUGGUGGUGUCCAGUGGCAUGCAGUCAAUGGAGACAAUGAGACGGGUCUACCAGACGGUCAAGAAACACAAUCAGAACUUCUGCAUCCUGCAGUGCACCAGUGCCUACCCAUUGGAGGCUGAAGAUGUCAACCUGCAUGUCAUCGCAGAAUACCAGAAGGAAUUCCCUGAUAUUCCCAUUGGAUAUUCCGGUCACGAGUCUGGGGUCCACAUCUCUGUGGCAGCAGUGGCGCUGGGGGCAAAGGUCAUUGAGCGUCAUGUGACCCUGGACAAGAGCUGGAAGGGAAGUGACCACGAAGCUUCUCUGGAGCCCUCUGAGCUGACAGAGCUGGUGAAAGCUAUUCGAUUGGUGGAGAGGUCUCUGGGGACGGGCAUCAAGCAGAUGCUGCCCUGUGAGAAGCCAUGCCACGAUAAGCUGGGGAAAUCAGUGGUGGCCAAGGUGGCGAUCCCCAAAGGCACUGUGCUGAGUAUGGACAUGCUGGGGGUGAAGGUGGGCGAGCCGAAGGGCAUUCCCCCCGAGGACAUCUUCCAGCUGGUGGGCAAGUCUGUCACAGAGGACGUGGAGGAGGAUGAGAGCAUCACCCCGGAUGUGGUCGACGGCUACGGCAAAAAGAUCAAGUGCCGAGUGGAGUAAUCACCCUUGUAAUAGCCUACUGUAACCAUGAACCGCCUGAGUUCCUCUGGACGUGGACUCUGCAAGGUGUCAAAAGCGUUCCACCAGGAUGCUGGCCCAUGUUGACAUCAAUGCUUCCUACACUUGUGUCAAGUUGGCUGGAUUCCCUUUAGGUGGUGGACCAUUCCUGAUACACACAGGGAAACCGUUUGUGUGAAACCCAGCAGCGUUACAGUUCUUGACACACUCAAACCGUGGUGCCUGGUACCAACUACCGUACCCCAUUCAAAGACACUUAAAUCUUUUAACUUGUCUAUUCACCCUCAAUGGCACACACACACAAUCCAUGUCUCAAGGCUUAAAAAUCCUUUAACCUGCCUCCUUCCUUUCAUCUACACCGAUUGAAGUGGAUUUAACAAGUGACAUCAAGAAGAGAUCAUAGCUUUCACCUGGUCAGUUUGUAAUAGAACGAGCCGGUGUUUGUAACCAAAUCCAUAAUGUAUGCACCAUUGCACCCUAUAAUGAAUCUUUGUAUAUUAUAGAGGACAACAUUUACUGGGUAGUUUUGACUUGUACGUUUUGGGUAAUUUGAUUCUGAAAUAAAGCAAUUGACGCCUACA